AUGGCUACCUUCCAGGAUCGUGCUCAGCACGCUAUUGCUCAGCUUGACAAGGAGCUCUCCAAGUACCCUGUCCUCAACAACCUUGAGCGUCAGACCUCCGUCCCCAAGGUCUACGUGAUCCUGGGUCUGGUCGGUGUUUACACCUUCCUGGUUUUCUUCAACAUCGCCGGUGAAUUCCUUGUUAACCUGGCUGGCUUCAUCAUCCCUGGCUACUACUCUCUCAACGCAUUGUUCACCGCUGGCAAGGCCGAUGACACACAGUACUGGGUUGUUUACGCCUUCUUCGCCGUCAUUGAGAGUGCUGUCUAUGCUCCUUACUGGUUCCCCUUCUACUACAUCUUCAAGUUCGGCCUCGUUCUCUGGAUGGCUCUCCCCCAGACCAACGGUGCCCAAGUCGUCUUCCACUCUUUCAUCCAGCCUGUCUUUGGCCGCUUCUUCGCUGGCGGAAACACCUCGGCCAACCUCCGCGCCCAGGCUGAUGCUGCUACCAAGGCCCAGUAA